UUAGUUAAUAGUUGCCGAAUGAUUGAUUACCGAAUACCAAAUUUGUGCUGUUGGAGUCUUAACGAUUUUUAAUUUUUUUUCCCUGAAUUGUGUACCGACAGUUGAAAUCUCCCAGCUUUUCUCACCACUCCACCACUGCUCUCUCUCUCUCUCGAUCUGAAAGAGAAAAAUGAAUGAGAAACAGCGAUCAAUCAUCCUCUCAUCCUCCUCUCGUUUUCCACCACCACCAGGAGUGAAGCUAUCGUACGGAACGGCAGGGUUCAGAGCAGACUCUUUGCUGCUCGAAUCAACUGUGUUUAGGGUUGGGAUUUUGGCCGCGUUGAGGUCUGUCAACACUCAUUCUGUGAUUGGUUUGAUGAUCACUGCUUCCCACAACAAAGUCUCCGACAAUGGCAUCAAAAUCUCUGACCCAUCCGGCGGUAUGUUGUCUCAGGAUUGGGAGCCUUUCGCUGAUGCCCUCGCUAAUGCCCCUGAUUCUCAGCACCUUGCCCAGUUGAUAGAUGAUUUUGUGAAGAAGGAAAACAUUCCACUUGAAGAAGCAGAGUCAGCUGAGAUAUUAUUGGGAAGAGACACAAGGCCGAGUGGGGAAUCUCUUCUGGAUGCUGCAAAGCAAGGAAUCAUUUCAAUAGUUGGUGCUGUUGCAGUUGACAUGGGAGUUCUAACAACCCCACAACUGCAUUGGAUGGUUCGUGCUAGAAAUAAGGCCAUGAAAGCAACUGAACUGGACUAUUUCAACCAGCUUUCAAGCUCUUUCAGGUGCUUGAUAGAUCUGAUUCCCCAGGGAAGUGCAGUCAAUAAGAUGAAUGACAAUGUGGUUGUUGAUGGGGCAAAUGGUGUGGGUGGAGAAAAACUUGAAGUUCUCAAGAAGAUUUUGAAUGGUUUAGAUAUGGAGAUUCGUAAUUCUGGUAAAGAAGGUGUACUCAAUGAAGGAGUUGGUGCUGAUUAUGUGCAGAAGGAAAAGGUUGCUCCACGUGGAUUUUGUCCUGCUGAUGCUGGUAUAAGGUGUGCGAGUUUGGAUGGAGAUGCUGAUCGACUUGUGUAUUUCUCUGUGCUAUCAAAUGCUAACAAUAAGAUUGAUCUUGUUGAUGGGGACAAGAUAUUGUCUUUGUUUGCCUUAUUUAUUAAGGAACAACUAAGUACCCUCAACAAGAAUGAAGGUGACAAAGAAAACAAAUGUUACCGGCCAACUCUUGGUGUUGUACAGACAGCUUAUGCAAAUGGGGCAUCCACAGAUUACCUGAAACAAUCAGGCUUAGAAGUCAUGUUUACUCCGACAGGAGUGAAAUAUUUGCACGAGAAAGCUGCUGAGUAUGAUAUUGGGAUCUAUUUUGAGGCAAAUGGGCAUGGAACCAUAUUGUUCUCAGAAGGAUUCUUACACUGGUUGGAUGGUAGAAACAUUGAGCUUGCUUUAACUUUGAAAGGUUCAGAACAGCAUAAGGCUGCUAUGAGACUAUUGGCAGUCAGCAAGUUGAUCAACCAGGCAGUGGGAGAUGCUUUGAGUGGGUUGCUUCUGGUGGAGGCUAUUUUGAAGCAUAUGGGAUGGUCAAUCCAUAGAUGGAACGAACUUUAUCAUGAUUUACCCAGCAAACAACUAAAGGUAAAAGUCGUUGACAGAAGUGUGAUCGUUACAGAAAAAGCAGAAACUGUGGUUGUAUGGCCUCUUGGCAUUCAAGAAGCCAUAAACAUUGAAACUGCAAAAUACCCUCGAGGGAGAUGUUUUGUACGGCCAUCAGGAACAGAGGAUGUUGUAAGAGUAUAUGCAGAGGCAACCACAGAGGAGGCAGCAGAUAACCUAGCCAGUUCCAUUGCUCGACUUGUGGAUCAGUUUCUUGGGUUCGGCAGCUCCUGAUAAUCUCCUUCCUGACUUUCUCUCCUUGUUUGAAGAUCUUUAUACACAUUUUUACAAUGAAGGUGAUUUUGCGAACCUAUUUAUUGAAAAAGGGGGUGAAUUUAUGGACUUGUAUGUGUACCCUUCAAUGAUUUAUUUAUAGCUGAACUUCUUUUAGCUGUUUUCGGAA